AGAAAUGCGACGGCCUCAACGGCUAUGUCGACGACGGCCUCAACGACCGCCCCGGCAGCGACGACGAUCGUGACGGCCCCGGCGGCCUAGGUGGCGAUGACAGCUCCGACGACCCCAGCGGCCCCAGCGGCGACGACGGCUCCAGCGGCGACGACGGCCAUGGCGGCGACAAUGGUGACGAUGACCCCGACGGUCUCGGCGGUCCCGGCGACCCCGACGGUUUCGAUGGUCUCGGCGGUCCCGGCGGCGACGACGGCCCCGGUGGCCCCGGCGACGACGACGGCGACCGAGCCAAUCGUAUUAACCCCGAAAAGUUUGCAGCAGAUUAUAAGGGCUGCUGUCCUCGAAAUGCAGCGAGGAAGAGGAAGAGGAAGAUGGAGAGGGAGAG